AUGAACUCGCAGCAACUCGUAUCGCCGCAAGAAGCGGCCGCUCAAGCUCAGGCCCGAAGGAUGCAACCAUCUGACGCACUCGGCCACCACAAUCAUCAUCAUCACGGUCACGCAGGCUCCGACGACGUUUCAGGAGGUCAAUACUUUAACCCAGCAGCUAUGCACUCGCGCAACAUCGGUAUGGAUAGCGGUAACCAACAGUCUCACUACGGCGGCAUGCAGCUGCCACCGCUCGGUGCCGGCCAGAGCAACGGCGGUCACGGAAGCAUGGGCCACCACGCGUACGGCUACGGCCAGUCGCACGCCAUCCCUUCCCAGCUGUCGUAUCCUCAGCACUCGCCCAACCCGUCGCACGCUCACAUCCCAGGUGGGCAGAACACUGGGCCCAUGUCCAUGUACGGCUACGGCGUCCACCACUCGUCGCCGCAGCAGCACUACUCGCACGUCCCCGGUCAGGCUGCUCAUGGCGGCAUGGGCGGCAUGGUCGGCGGCGCAGGCUCCAACCCCAUGAUGGGCGCACCUGGCGGAGGCUCCUCCGGUGGCGACUUUGGCAACCACGGUUUCGGUCAGCAGUCGCACUAUCACCAGUACUUCCAGCCCCAGAGUCUUCAGAGCAUCUCGCCCAGCCAAGCUGGAGCUCCCCCUUCGGCCAAUGCCACCGCUGCCCCUGCUGCCACCAACGCUGGUGCCCAGCCUACUACAAAAGGUGGCAAACCUGCCAAAGCUCCCAAGGCCCCCAAGGCGCCCAAAGUCGACAAGAAGGCGGCCGCCGCCGCGGCUGCUGCCCCCGCCAAGGCUGCCCCCGCUCCCAAAGGUAAGGCUGGCAAAAAGGGUGCCAGCGCCGACGCGCCCAAGGCCAAGUCCAAGGCUCAUCCUUACGCCCCGCCCGAGCCUACUGUCGCCGAGGCCAAGCCAACCAAGAAGCAGAAAAAGAGCGAGGAUCCACCCAAGCCCUCUACGCUAAAGUCACGUCUCAAGCCGCCCAAGCAGGCUCCCUCAGCAUGGCAGAUCUUCUUCACCGAGGAGCUGCAAAAGAUCAAGGCUCAAAGCCCUGACGAGCGCCUCAAUGUCGCCCACGUUGCCAAGGACGCCGGUCAACGCUAUGCUGCUCUUCCCGAGUCCAAGAAGCAGGAGUUCCACAGGCGCAGUCUCGAAGCCAAGGAGCAGUGGGAACAGGAGAUGGCUGAAUGGAAGUCCAAGCUCACGCCCGAGGACAUUCGCCAGGAGAAUCUCUACCGAUCGGCCCAGAGGAAAGCCGGCAAGUCGAGGAAGGGUAACCUCAAGGACCCUAAUGCUCCCAAGAAACCCCUCUCGGCCUACUUCUUGUUCCUUCGUGCUAUCCGCGCCGAUCCCAACAUGACCCAAGCCGUCUUCGAGGGUGAGCAGGAGACCACCAAGCAGAGUGUACUGGCUGCCGCCAAAUGGCGCAGUCUCAGCGAGACCGAGAAGCAGCCCUACCUCGACCGCGCCGAGGCUGACAAGGCUCGCUACGAGCGUCUCCGUCGCGAGUACGAGAGCAGCAAUGGUCUGGAAUCUUGA